GCGCAGCAAAUGUCCGCAGAAGGCGCCGCGAUGUUAUCGGAAGGCGUCCCCACAUUCUGCAGCACUGAUAAGAGAGAGAGAGAACCCCUCGUCUCCAACUUUCUCCAAUUCACUCCCCUCCAUCUUCAUCUUUUAUCCAUCCUUCUUCCUCUUCUUCCAACCCUCUCCCUCUCACUCUCCACACCGCAAUCGCGAUAGAUACCAAAAUGCCCUCCCUAAAAUCCUACAAACUCCUCACCUUCGACGUCUACGGCACCCUCGUCGACUGGGAAGGCGGAAUCAUCGCGGCCCUCCAGCCCGCGCUCUCCAAAUCCCCCUCAAAGAAAUUCACGAAACACGAGCUGCUGCACGCCUACCACGCCCUCGAAAAAUCCCAGCAGGAGAAAACCCCCGACAUGCUGUAUUCCGACGUCCUGUCGACGAUCCACGCGCCGCUCCUCGAAAAACUCGGUCUGCACCCACCGAGCGCCGAAGAGUCGCGGGCGUUCGGGGAGAGUAUCGGGUCCUGGCCCGCGUUCGGCGAUACCGUCGCUGCAUUUUACGAGUUGAAGAAACAUUAUAAACUGGUUGUUCUCUCGAACGUCGACCGCCAGUCCUUUGCCAAGACGAAUGCCGGCAGCCUCCAGGGCUUCCCCUUCGACCUGAUCAUCACCGCGCAGGAUGUCGGCAGUUAUAAGCCCGACGUGCGGAAUUUCGAGUACAUGCUGGCUGCGGUGGAGCGCGAGUUUGGAGUCAAGCGCGAAGAGGUCCUGCAGACGGCGCAGAGCCAGUUCCAUGAUCAUCAUCCGGCGAAGAAGGUUGGGAUUGCGUCCGUUUGGAUUGAGAGGCCCGGCGCUGUGAUGGGGAAUCUGGAGGAGAAUAUCUACGAUUGGAGGUUUGAGACGUUGGGGGAUAUGGCGGAGGCUCUGAAGAGGGAGGGAUAAUAGAUGCCGAUUGAAUUGUGUUGGGCGUGUGGAUGGAAGUUGUAUGGAUAUUCACCCUAGGCUAGUGAUCCACCUCUGCAGCAUCUAUUGAUCUGUUAAUCUAUCAAAUCAAUCAAGUGACGUUCUCGACCCUUUCGUUUCCUCGAUAAUAUGGCCAUCGGGGCCCUCGCCCUAUUUCGCUUUCUCCCUCUCUUUGUUUAGGGUCCCAUUUGGGAAGAACGGGAUUGAGGGGACAAACGGGAACAUGUUGGGGGCAUCCUCCCUCGCCCAUCAUGAUGAGAAUCCGUGUGAGUUUG